ACAAAAAGUACUACCUACAGUUCUUAUUGUUGUUGGAACCUGCCUCACUGGUGUGCUGGGCUCUUCUGGAGGGUGGAGGUGGGGGUGGUAAUUAAUGAAGCCAAACCACAGAAGAGGAAAAUGGAGAGGGCAGGACCAAAAUAAGCCAAUUAUAGGGGAAACUGCAUUUCUAGACCAGAGGGUGGAGAGCUUCAAUCCUAACCCAGGGAGUAGGUUUUUCCCCCAGUCACUGCCUGGAGCUGGGAGAAGCAACUGGGAGAACUUUCCGUGGGACCCCCAAUACUGCACUGUUUUUAUAUUCACUAUGAAUUCGAGGGUGGCCCUGAUCCUCCUAGUUCUCUCCAUUGUCACCAUUUUUGCUCUGGUUUGUGUCCUGUUGACUGGUGGUGGGGUUGUCUCCAGCCAACCUCCCCACUGCCCCUCAAGGUCCCCUGCCAGUCAGUUUUGGCUGCAUUCUAACAGGAGCCGACUGUUCUCAGAUCUGACCCAGGAGGAGCUGGCCUCUGUGAUGCGCUUCCUGACCCAGCAGCUGGGGAUAGGGUUUGUAGAUGCACGCCAUGCCAACCCAUCAGACAACUGUAUCUACUCAGUGGAGUUACAGCUGCCUUCCAAAGCUGCAGCACUAGCCCACCUGGAUGGGGGAAAACCACCACCUCCCCGUGAAGCUCUAGUUGUGGUCUUCUUUGGCCAUCAGGCCCAGCCUAAUGUGAGUGAAUUUGUGGUGGGGCCGCUGCCAAGCCUCUCCUAUCUUCGAGAUGUGACUGUAGAACGCUAUGGGGGUCCUAUCCCUUAUUAUCGGCGCCCUAUGCUUAGGACUGAGUUUGCCCAGCUUUGGAGGCACUUGAAGGAAGUGGAGCUGCCCAAAGCACCUGUCUUUCUGACUUCGGUCUUCAAUUACGAUGGCUCUUCUUUAGCGCCUGUGCCCUCACCUUCUCAUGGUUUUGGAUCAGGGGAGCGUACCACCUGGCUUGCCCUUUACCACAAUGUCUCAGGUGCUGGCCUUUUUUUGCAUCCUGUGGGGCUGGAGCUGCUCUUAGAUCAUGGGGACCUGGACCCUGCUCGAUGGUCUGUUCAGAAGGUCUACUAUCAAGGCUACUACUAUGAGGACCUGGGCCAAUUGGAACAAAAGUUCAAGGCUGGCCAAGUGGAUGUGGUUAGGAUCGAUCCACCCUUACCAGAUGGGGCAUCAUCAUCCUUGAGGCCUCAGGUACCUCCAGGCCCUCCUCCUCCUCUACAGUUCUCACCCCAGGGUCCUCGAUAUAGUGUCCAGGGUAGUCAAGUAGCCUCUCCAUUUUGGACAUUUACUUUUAGCCUUGGGGUAUUCAGUGGCAUGAGGAUUUUUGAUGUGCGGUUCCAGGGGGAGCGGGUGGCUUAUGAGAUCAGUGUCCAGGAAUGUCUCUCCAUCUAUGGUGCUGACUCACCUAAGACGAUGAUGACCCAUUACUUGGAUAGCACUUACGGAAUUGGUCGACACAGCCGAGGACUCAUUCGGGGAGUGGAUUGCCCCUAUUUAGCCACCAUGGUGGAUGCCUAUGUGCUGGUGGACCAGGGGACAGCUCAGUUGCUCCCUGGGGCCCUAUGUGUAUUUGAGGAGGCACAGGGGAUGCCUCUUCGAAGACACCAUAACCAGGCACAGGGUCGUUACUUUGGUGCUGUGGUUGGUUCAGCUCUUGUUAUCCGGUCGGUGUCAUCUGUGGGCAACUAUGACUACAUCUGGGACUUCGUAUUACACCCUCAUGGAGCACUUGAGGGACGAGUCCAUGCUACAGGCUAUAUCAAUACAGCCUUCCUAGGUGGGGGAGAAAAUACCCUUCACUUUGGGAACCGUGUGGGGGGACAUGUUCUGGGGACAGUGCACACUCAUGCCUUUCACUUCAAGCUGGACCUGGAUGUAGCAGGGUUAGAAAAUUGGGUGCUGACAGAGGAUGUGAUGUUUGAACCCCUUACUGUGCCUUGGAGUCCUGAACACCAGCUGCAACGUCCACAGCUGACAAGGCAGACACUGGACACAGAGAAUAAGGCAGCCUUCUUCCUGGGAGAUACCCUCCCCAGAUACCUCUACCUUGCCAGCAACCACACCAAUACCUGGGGUCAUCGCCGUGGAUACCGGGUCCAGAUCCAUAGUCCUCUUGGAGUACAUCUACCCCUUGAGACCUCCAUGGAGAAGGCAUUCAGCUGGGGAAGGUACCAGCUGGCAGUGACUCGAAGGAAAGAGGAGGAGCCACAGAGCAGUAGCAUCUACAACCAGAAUGAUCCCUGGACACCAACUGUGGUCUUUGCCAACUUCAUUGACAAUGAGGUGCUCUCAGGAGAGGACCUGGUUGCCUGGGUUACCACCAGCUUUCUGCAUAUUCCCCAUGCGGAGGACAUCCCCAACACGGUGACUCCGGGAAAUGGCGCUGGUUUCUUCCUCCGGCCCUACAACUUCUUUGACGAGGAUCCCUCCGCCUUCUCCCCAGAUGCUGUUUACUUUCGGGAUGACCAGGAUGCUGGGCUCUGCGAUGUCAACCCCAUCGCCUGCCUCCCAGACUUGGCUGCCUGUGUGCCUGAUCUGCCUCCAUUCUCCUACUAUGGCUUCUAAUCCUGCUUGGAACCCUGACAUCUGGCCCUGGUCUUUCUCCUCCUCCUCCUUCUUCUUCUCCAUCUUAACACGCCCACUUACAUUCUUUUUUUUUUUCCUCUUAAAUCCUUUCCUUCUGCCUUAGAAUCAAUACUAUGGAUUGGUUCCAAGGCAGAAGAGCAGAAAAGUCUAGGUAAUGGGGACUAAGUGACUUGUCCAGGGUCACACAUUUCUUUGUUUCUUUUUUAAACCCUUACCUUCUGCCUUAGAAUCAAUUCUGAGUAUUAGUUCCAAAACAGAAGAGUGGUAAGGGCUAGGCAAUGGGAUUAAAGUGACUUCUCCAGGGUCACACAUUUCUUUUUCUUUUUUUUUUAACCCUUACAUUUUAUCUUAGAAUCAAUACUGAGUAUCAGUUCCAAGACAGAAGGGCAGUAAGGGCUAGGCAGUGGGGGUUAAGUGACUUUCUCAGGGUCCUACAGCUAGGAAGUAUCUAAGGCCACAUUUGAACUCAGGACCUGUCUCUAGACCUGGCCUUCUAUCCACUGAGCCACCUAGCUGCACCCUUGUACAUUUGUAAAAUCAGUGGGGAGUCUACUCCAUACAUCCCUUCAGAAUUCAUCCCCAGCUUGCUCUUAAUUUUUCUUCUUCCUCAUUUUCUUUUCACUUUGAUUCUUUAAAAAAUUAAACUUUCUCCACCCUC